ACGCUUGCGCACUUUAGUCCAAAUCCUUCUAACCUGUAAACAAGUUGAAACUUGGGAUGAGUUUGUUUGUGUAGAUUGAACUCGAAGCGCAUCUAAUAGUCGCUAUUAAAACCAAAGUAAACACUGAUGCACUCAGUCGGAAUAAAAAUGCUUAUCUCCACACAACAGCAGUCACUCUAAAUUCUUGCGCUUAGUCGUUAGUUCAUCACAAUGGGCACCUCAGACACAGCAACCAGAGAAUUUAUUCCAAGAUUCGGCCACAUAAAAUUAACCAGGAUUAUUCCUUUAAUUAUAAUCGCUCUUGUAUUGGUCACGUUCAUCACUCAUCACUAUUUAAUCGACGUCGAAAAAGAUGCCAGUAUCAUCCACAGUGCCCAUUCACAUCUGGAUUUACCAGAGGAGUCCAUCAGUUAUAAAAGUGCAGAUCUACAGAGUAGAAUAAAAGAACUCUACAGAAUCAAAGGUUCAGUAUCCAGUGAAUUAAGAGACAUGGAACACAAGAGGCAGAAACUCCAACAAGACAUACAACUGUAUACCAAAAACAUAGAACAAUUGAAAGCUGAACUCUUACAUCAACAGACUGAAUUAAACAGAUUGAAAAUAUCAGUGGAACAAGCUCAGGUAGCUCAAAGAGAAGCCCUACAACAAAACACACCGGAAUUGGCUUUACCAAAGAGACUAACUGCCAAUUCAUUCCCUUUGAGUUAUCCUGCAGUGAGCAAAGAAGAAUCACACACAUGCAGAAUGUAUAAAUGUUUUGAUCACUCAAGAUGUGCAAUGACUUCAGGUUUCCCUGUUUAUUUAUAUGAUCCAGACAGAUAUCCAGUGAUGAAUGAAGGCUGGGAUGUAGAUGGAUUUUUAAAGACUACAUUAAAACAAGUGUUGGGGUACAAUCCACAUUUGACAACAAAUCCUAAAGAGGCUUGUAUUUUUAUGGUCCUAGUGGGAGAAGCACUGCGAGAUUCAGAUGAUGUCAAAGAUGAUGGUGAAAACACACAGAAACAUUUAAAUCUACCACCAUUGGAUCACAAAGCACUCAAAAAGCUACCAUAUUGGGGUGGUGAUGGAAGAAAUCACGUUUUGUUGAAUUUAGCAAGAAGAGAUUUGUCUGCAACCAGCGGUGACUUGUUUUCGACAGUUGACACAGGACGCGCGAUACUUGUCCAAUCAACUUUUACUUAUGAACGCUUCAGACCAGGUUUUGACGUAAUAGUCUCCCCUGUUUUGGGUCCCCCUGGCGGAGAUGUAUGGCAAGAAUGCGCAAAAAUGCUCCCGACACGCCGUAAAUACCUCCUGACCUUUCAAGGUGAAAUGAAAAUCAAACCUAGCGUCGGCGCAAACAAUACACCAUACGAUUAUCUCGAAUUAAGUAAAUUCAUCGUGGAUCACCUCAAACAAAUGACAAAAGGUUCAACAUCUGACAAAUUCCUCUUUGAGUUCGAAUGCAAUCCAGCGAGCGAUGACAAUUUAAACACCGGGCCACAAGACUGGGGUCUAUGCGGAACGGACAGCAGUCGUCGCGCUGUAUUAAAAGAAUCAACAUUUGUUUUAAUCUUUGCUCCGGGGGUUGCCGACCUUAUAUCCACAACAUUACUACAAGCACGUGUUUAUGAAGCGUUGCGCUCGGCUGCGGUGCCGGUUAUACUCGGCGGUGAUCAAAUUAAAUUAGCCUAUGAUGAUGUGAUACAAUGGCGGCGCAUUUGUAUCUUCCUACCGCGCGCGCGCGUCACGGAGUUACACUUUUUACUGCGCACCAUACCGGAUAGCGAUGUGUUGUUAAUGCGACGACAAGGUCGGUUGGUCUGGGAGCGAUACCUUGCGUCGGUCCAGAGCACUUUGGACACCGUUGUGGCGGUGCUCAGAGACAGGUUGAAUAUACCACCACUGCCGGCGGAGACCGUGACGGCCACGUCUGUGUUCAACGAGACGUUCCAGCCGAUACAAGUGAUUGUUGGGCUGGAUGCGGAACAAGAUGAAAGUUUAGGACCCUUGGAGCCACCUUUUGAUAGUCCUGCGUUCAGGAGGAACUUUAGUUUGCAGUUGACGCAGGGUUAUGAGUUGUGGAAUGAUUGGGGGGAUCCGUUUAGGUUGUAUCCGACUUUGCCGAAUGAUCCUCUACUGCCAUCGGAUGCUAAGUUUGAAGGCUCCGGACGAGGGUUUAGACCAAUCGGACAAGGACAAGGAGGUGCUGGUAAAGAAUUCUCUGAAGCACUUGGCGGAAAUAACCCCCGAGAACAAUUCACUGUUCUCCUGUUAACUUAUGAACGAGAACAAGUUUUACUUGACUCAAUCGCGCGAUUAAGAGGCCUACCAUACUUAAACUCCGUCGUGGUUGUCUGGAACUCACCUAAACCUCCUAGUCCUGAACUGCGUUGGCCCGAUAUCGGUGCCCCGCUGCACGUAAUCAAAGCACCGCGUAAUUCGUUAAACAAUCGUUUUUUACCGCUUGAAAAUCUGCAAACCGAAGCUAUUCUAUCUGUAGAUGACGAUGCACAUCUCCGCCAUGAUGAAAUUCUCUUUGGAUUCCGUGUGUGGCGUGAGCAUCGCGAUAGAAUCGUCGGUUUUCCAGGCAGAUAUCACGCGUGGGACGUGAAUACGAUGAAUAGUUGGUUGUAUAACUCUAACUACAGCUGUGAGUUGAGUAUGGUACUCACAGGAGCGGCGUUUUUACAUCGUCAUUAUUUACAUUUAUACUGGAAAUGGCUGCCGCAGGCGAUCAGGGAUAAAGUUGAUGAGUAUAUGAACUGCGAGGAUAUUGCAAUGAAUUUUUUGGUUAGUCAUGUUACGCGUCAACCGCCCGUUAAAGUCACUUCAAGAUGGACGUUCAGGUGUCCCGGAUGUCCACAGAGUUUAAGCGAGGAUGAUACACAUUUUCAAGAGAGGCAUAAGUGUAUAAACUUUUUUGCACAGGUAUUUGGAUAUAUGCCGCUUUUAAAUACGCAAUAUCGAGCCGAUUCGAUAUUAUUCAAGACGCGAAUACCACACGAUAAACAAAAGUGUUUUAAGUUUAUUUAAUUGUAAUAUUAUUUAUAAAAAACAAGUAACUCCGGCCCUGUUCUCAUCACACUGAGAUUGUAACAAGACUUAUUUUUUACAUCCGUACGUAAUUGUUAUUUAUAUGUAUGUAAUUUAAUGCUACUCUUCGAAUCCAAAGGACACGCGCAUGUCACAUGUAGGCAACACAUUAUUUUUUAACUUUCUGUUGUGAUAUGUAUAUAUUUUUUUACUUUUAAUAAUAAUUAGCAAACGAUUACAUUUUA